AUGAAAGAUGAAAGAUGAAAGGCAGGCAGGCAGGCGGGCGGAGAGGAAUGGAUGGAUAAUUGAAGCAAAACGAUGAGGAUGAGGAGCUCUCCUCCUCGGGAUUACAAUUUACAAUUUAAAAUUUUCAGCUCCGAUCGUUCAUCCACGCGAAGACGUCUCUCCCAACUGGCAACCAGUGAUUAUUAUCCAAAUCAACGCAAACGCACAAAAAGGAGAAAAAAAAAUAAAUUAACACAACAGAACACAGACACCAACACAGUCACGGCUUCCUUUUUUAUUUAAACCAGUAUCAGAAGGCGAGGCCGACCGGCCGACCUAACUCUCCUAUCAAAAGCUUGCUUGCUUUGUUUGUUUCAAUCUGGGAAGAUGAAGAUGGCGAGGCACGAGGAGCUUCCGGUGCCCGUCCACUCCGACCUGGAGCCGGUGUACGGCGGCGCUUCUCAACUGGAAGAAGCGGAGCUCCGCUUUCAGAACUUGAAAUCGAAGUUCCUGGACGUCUUCGGCCACGAGCCGGACGUCUUCGUUCGGUCGCCGGGGCGGGUGAAUUUGAUCGGGGAGCAUAUUGACUACGAGGGCUACUCGGUGCUGCCCAUGGCCAUUCGCCAAGACACCAUAGUGGCCAUUCGGAAGCGCGAUUUUGGGGAUUCCGAUUGUCUUCUUAGGAUUGCCAAUGUUAGCGCUAAGUACCCUUUGUGUGUUUACCCUGCUGAUCCUGACCAGGAUAUUGAUGUAAAGAAUCAUAGAUGGGGUCAUUACUUCAUCUGUGGGUAUAAAGGGUUCUAUGAACAUGCCAAGUUAAAAGGACUGGAUGUUGGUGUACCUGUUGGACUGGAUGUCAUGGUUGAUGGAACUGUUCCUGCAGGGUCUGGUUUAUCAAGCUCUGCAGCACUAGUUUGUUCAUCUACAAUUGCCACAAUGGCUGCUUUUGGUGUGAACUUUCCAAAGAAAGAGAUUGCGCAACUUACAUGUGAAUGUGAACGUCACAUUGGGACACAAUCCGGUGGGAUGGACCAGGCUAUCUCUAUCAUGGCUAAAUCUGGGUUUGCAGAGCUGAUUGACUUCAACCCCAUCGGUGCAACUGAUGUACAACUGCCUGCUUGUGGAUCUUUUGUAAUUGCCCAUUCAUUGGCUGAAUCUCAGAAAGCUGUUACUGCUGCUAUAAACUACAAUAAUCGGGUUGUUGAAUGUCGGCUAGCUGCUAUUGUACUCAGCAUAAAGCUUGGAAUGAAACCCCAAGAUGCAAUAGCCCAAGUCAAGACUCUUUCUGAUGUUGAAGGGUUAUGUGUAUCGUUUGCUGGUAGUCAUGGGUCUUCUGAUCCUGUUCUUGCAGUCAAGGAACUUUUGAGUGAAGAACCAUAUACAGCUGAAGAUAUUGAGAAAAUAACAGGGGAAAGUUUGGAGCAUAUCUUUGCCAAUUCUCCAACAUCUUUGGAUGUGAUAAAAGCUGCCAAUCAUUAUAAGUUAUACCAGAGAGCCACUCAUGUCUAUUCUGAAGCCAAGCGUGUCCAUGCUUUCAAGGACACUGUAUCAUCAAGCAUAAGUGAGGAGGAGAUGUUGAAGAAGCUCGGUGCCCUUAUGAAUGAAAGCCAUUAUAGUUGCAGCAUUCUGUAUGAGUGCAGCUGCCCAGAACUGGAAGAACUCGUAAAGGUUUGUAGAGUUAACGGUGCUCUUGGAGCAAGGCUAACCGGAGCUGGAUGGGGUGGCUGCGCGGUUGCUUUAGUCAAAGAGUCGGCUGUACCCCAGUUUAUCCUCGACUUGAAGGACCAAUUUUAUCAGUCAAGAAUGGACAAAGGGAUCAUCAAUAAAAAUGAUCUUGGUUUGUAUGUGUUUGCAUCCAAACCAUCAAGUGGGGCAGCUAUUUUCAAGCUUUAGUUUAGUUUAGUUCACUCUUUGUUUACCGUGAAAACAAAAACAUUGAAGAAGCUUUGUCAAUUUAUGUCUUUCUAUGUUGACGGAUUACCAUUUAAUCCAUUCAGUUUGUGAAUAAAUAACGGUUCUAUUGUAGAUCAUAAACUAUUUAUAGUA